AUGCCUAGGUAUAUUAAUACUUGGGAUGUGAAUGCAGUCACAAAGUAUUUUGAAAGUUGCAGUGCGAAUGACAAACUAACAUUAAAACAAUUGAGUAAGAAACUAGUUGUGCUGCUAGCACUUACUUCAGCAGAAAGAGGCUCAGAAUUAAUUGCUCAUGAUUUAAGGUUCAGGCGAUUCCAUCCAGAAGGGGUAUCGUUUAACCUUCCGGAGCUUACCAAAGGAGUUCGUACCGGGAAACCACUGAAAAUCUCUUUUCAUGCAAAUUUUCCCACAAAUGAGUUGCUGUGUCCGGUCGCAUGUCUCAAAGAGUAUGAGAAACGAACAAAACAUUUUCGUCCGAGUGCCAGCAAAGAACCAAAUAAACUGUUUUUAUCAGUAAAUAAACCUCACAAACCUAUAACCUCCUCAACGUUGUCCCAUUGGGUAAAGGAUUGCUUACUAGAAGCAGGAAUAGACAACAAUGUAUUUAAAGCACACUCUACAAGAGGUGCAUCGACGUCUGCAGCAGCUAGAGCUGGUAUUUCUCUUCCUGAAAUAAUCAAAUUGGGAGACUGGACAAAGGAUAGUACCUUCAAGCGAUUCUAUUAUCGUCCG